AACAGAGCACAUGAGCUGAGCGAGGAGGAGCUUUGCUUUUUUUUCGCUUUUACUUUUUUUUCUGCAGCUCCAGCUCGACGCCAAUCAAAGCAUCAACUCCAAAAUUGUACGUGAGAGAAACGAGCCCGGGCACCCGGAGGGCCAGACACAUCAGUUGGAGCUCGAUUGCCCAUCUGAUCACAUCCUGACUGGGACUUUGGUGCAAGGAACGAGAGAGAACGAUAGAGGAGAAAAGCUGGAGGUUUAAAGGCGAGCUGCAGCCCUUGGUUGUUGCACUUUUUUGUGACUUUCUCGGAGUGUGUGUGUGAUUGUGUGAGAGUGUAUUUUUUGGAGGGGGAGUUGUUGGUGCUUUUCUGGGGGGUUCUUGGUUCCCACGUUGGCCGCAAGGAUGUCUUUCCCCCAGCUGGGCUACCCGCAGUACCUGAGUGCCUCCCAGGCCGUCUACGGAGCUGAGAGGGCGGCCGUGCUUGCUCCGUCCUCCCGUGGAGGGAGCGGGGAGGCGGGCGCAGGCGCUCCCGUGGCCUCGGUACUGGGUGUCUACGCGCACCCGUACGCGCACGCUAACUACGGAGCCUUCCUGCCGUACGCCAGCGCGGACCUGGCUCUCUUCUCUCAAAUGGGGUCUCAGUAUGAACUAAAGGACAGUCCUGGUGUGCACCCUGCUAGCUUUGCUGCCCAUACAUCUCCUGCCUUUUAUCCUUAUGGCCAGUUUCAGUAUGGUGACCCCGCCAGGCCCAAGAACGCCACACGGGAGAGUACAAGCACGCUGAAGGCCUGGCUGAAUGAGCACAGGAAGAACCCCUAUCCCACCAAAGGUGAGAAGAUCAUGCUGGCUAUCAUCACCAAGAUGACCCUCACCCAGGUCUCCACGUGGUUCGCCAAUGCCAGGAGGAGACUCAAGAAGGAAAACAAGGUUACAUGGGGCGCCAGGAGCAAAGAGGACGAGGAGGGCAAUAUAUUUGGCAGCGACAAUGAGGGGGAGCACGAAAAGAACGAAGAUGAAGAGGAGAUCGACCUGGAGAGCAUAGACAUCGACAAGAUCGACGAGAAUGAUGAGGGGGAACAGAGCCAUGACGAUGAGGAUGAGCAGGUGGACAAGGCCGAGAGAAAGAGGAGGGUUCUAGUCUUUGACCAGUCCAAAGGAGCGCGCCCGGAGCUAAACAAUAACAACAAUGAUGACAACAACAACAGCAGUAGCAGCAGCAGUAGUAGCAGUAAUAGCACCAGGGUAUCCUCUCCUGGAGGACAGGGCAGUUUCCAACUUCAAGUAGGCAACAAACCCAAAAUCUGGUCUUUAGCAGAGACUGCCACGAGUCCGGACAGCUCUAGGAAGCCUGCGUCACCGUGUGGGCCAACCAAUCAGGUGUCACCCCAGAUGCAGCACCCUGCCUUUCUCUCCAGCCACGGACUAUACACGUGCCAGAUUGGGAAGUUUCACAACUGGACAAACGGAGGGUUCCUGGGACAGAAUGCUCUCCUGAAUGUCAGGUCCUUUUUAGGGGUCAGUCAGCACCAUCACAACCACCACGGUCAGCAGCAGCAGCAGCAGCACCAAGUGACUGCGCUGGACGAAGAAAAGAGUCCAGAGGACCUCAGUCCAAAACACAUAGAUCGAGGAAUCGUUCUUCGAAACGAAUCACCAACGCAACACACCAACAGUUUGAAAUCAUCGUUUCGCCCACUUCAUGACAGCCCCAGGAGGAAUCCGCAGGAAGUCUCCCUCUCGCUCUCCUCUGCUUGAUCAAGACAUUUUUACUAGAAAAUGACAAAACAAACAAACAGAGACUGAUUUCACUUAUAAAAUCACUAUAAAAAUAAGCCCGUUCAGUUUGAUUAAGACCAAAUGGAUGGAUGGAUGGGUGGAUGGAUGGAUUGAUGGAUUUUGUUGAUGUUGUACAUAAAGGCCCCUGAGACCCCACCCCCACUGCCCCUGGGACUGUUGGUAGGCUUUCCAUCGUUUUUCUGUCUCGGUGGGGUUUUGAUUUUUCUGUAAAUACAGUGACUCAGAUUUGUAAAUAGUGACUCAACGGAGUUUGUCCAGAUCAUAUAUUUUGUCUAAUAAACUAAAGAAAUUAUAGAUACAUCCAAAA